UUUUGAGAGUGAUGUUAUGAUGUCGGUCGAUAAAGAACCAAACUUUUGUAAAUAAUCCCUCGCAUUUUUCUUGAUAUCUUUGUACUAUUUGAAAAGCCAAAUGACAGCCACAAAAUGCCUAAGAGCUUUAACGUCAAAAUCAGUACGAUGGACGCGGAAUUGGAGUUCCCGAUCGAGAGGCAGACCAAAGGAAGCGAUUUAUUUGAUUUGGUAGUAAGGACUCUUGGUAUACGCGAAACCUGGUAUUUUGGAUUGGAAUAUAAAGAUUCCAAAGGGAUAUUGUCAUGGCUUCAGUUGAACAAAAAGGUCAGAAGUCAUAAUGUCGAAUCUAAUAAUCCCAUGGUUUUCCAUCUUCGCGUCAAGUUUUAUCCUGAGGAUGUUGCAGAGGAGCUUGUUCAAGAGAUCACCAAGCACCUCUUCUUCUUACAGGUCAAGGAAGCUAUUUUAAAAAUGGAUAUCUUCUGCCCUCCUGAAGCAUCGGUUUUACUUGCAUCUUAUGCAGUUCAAGCAAAGUAUGGAGACUAUGAAAAAGACAUUCAUAGGCCAGGAUUUCUUAAGAAUGAACAUCUUCUGCCACAAAGGGUUCUUGAUCAGUACCAAAUGACACCAGACAUGUGGGAGGAGAGAAUCACUUCUUGGUAUGGUGAACAUAAGGGUUUAACAAGGGAUGAAGCGGAAGUUGAAUACCUCAAAUUGGCACAAGAUCUUGAAAUGUAUGGAGUGAGAUACUUUGAAAUUAAGAAUCAGAAAGGAACUCCUUUGUGCUUAGGAAUAGAUGCCCAUGGAUUAAACGUCUAUGAAAAGGAUCAUAAGCUGAACCCAAAAAUAUCUUUCCCAUGGAAUGAAACGAAGCAUAUCUCAUUUCAUGAUAAGAGAUUUGAAAUAAAAUGUGUGGAUAAGAAAUCCCCAGACUUUGUCUUCAAGACAGAUAACCUGUCCACCAGUACUGUGAUUCUAGAGUUGUGUAUUGGGAACCACGAACUUUAUAAACGAAGAAGGAAACCAGAUACUAUGGAAAUCCAACAGAUGAAGGCUUUGGCAAAAGAAGAAAAACUACGAAGACAGAUUGAAAGGAAUAAACUACUAAAAGAACGACAAGCAAGGGAAGAAGCGGUGAAACAAAAAGAAGAACUUGAAAAGAAACUAUUGGAAUACCAAGAAGAUGCGAAAAAAACUAGGGAAGCUUUAAUGCAGGCUGAAGAAAUGGCGGAACUUUUAGCAGAAAAAGCUCGAGUAGCAGAAGAGGAGGCAGCGUUGCUUCAGAUGAAGGCAACAGAUGCUGAAGAAGAGCUGCAGAAGCUCAGAGCAACAGCAAUGAAGACAGUAGACGAUAAAAUGGCAAUGCAAAGAAAGGCGAAAGAAACAGAAAAACUAAUGGGGCACGUUGUACAAGAAUCUGAAACCAGGGCAAGAGAAGCUGCCGUGCGGAGACUUCUAGAGAUGUCAACAUCUGCUACUACUUUACCGACGAGUAAUGCCGCUUCAUGGAGAACAGAUUCCUUUCAAAGCAAAAGCGUGGGUCAGUUAGUAUCAGAUGGAGAAAUGAGCUCAGCGUAUGGUGAAUAUGAACAAGAAAGGUACGAUUUCAUUACCAGGAAUAAAAGUGCACAACUACAGCUGCAACCUGGUGAUUUAAGAACAGAACUGGAGGAGUUAAAACCAAGCGAUAGACAUUAUCUGUGGGAUAGCAUACAUAACGAACAAUCUAGAGGUGCAGAUAAUAAGUACUCGACAUUGCAAAAGAUAUCUUCUGGAACUUCCAAAGCGAGAAUUGAAUUUUUUGAAGAGCUUUAAAACUGCAUAGAUUCACAACUUCAAUAUAUUAAAUAUGGAGCAAAUUUCUGUGAAUUUGCCAAGGAAAAGCCCGUUGUCUUGGUAACAGCUGUGUUGUGCUGACUCAAACCACUGUCUGCGAUUAUCGUAGCAAGGCAAAUGAUAAGGAAGAUAAUAUCUUUAAUAUAUCCACAAUGAUUUGGCCCAUGUGAAACUUUAUGGGAGAUUAUAACAAACAUUACUGGAGAGAUAUUCUUAACUACAGCAGAAAAUGACAUCAACUUUUAUAUUCUUAUUUGUGCAUUUCGCCAAUGAGACAAAAAUUAGCUGUUGCGUCCACUUUUUAUUUAGAUUGUCAUCUCUAAAAGGCUAGGGCAUAUGUGCCCUUCAUAACUUAGUGGCCUUUUACAUGUAGAUAGGUGCGCCUUCCAAAAUUGAUAAAGACUCCUCAUCCUUGUAGUACUUUUAAAACAGAUAAUGUGCUUGUGUGACAAGAUUUCCACUGGGAAAACUGCUGCAACAGUGACUCGUUCGCUAUUGUCCAAGUCAAAAUUGUCAAUAUGCCUCUCACCGGGGACAUGCCUUUUGGGGGCCUUUUUAACACCCCAAAAAAUAGACUUAACAGUAGGGUGACCUUACCUUCAUGUUAAUGUUUCUUACACAAUCUUAUAUUUAUCAUACUGUAUGUAGGACACAGGAUUUAACAACGCUCUAUGUAAUGCAACUUAUUUUGUGAUACCUCAAAUUUAUAUCUGUAUUAACCAACCUGUGUUGAGCAAAGUCCUAAGGAGGGUAUUUGCAUUAAUUUACACCUGUAUUACCAGAGCUUCCUAAUGGCAUGUACAAAAUUGUACAAUUUUCUAUCACAAUGAGGUUAAUAGUUAUGGUGUACAUCAAGGCAUUUUCCAUGACAUUCCAUAGGCACGUGCCUUUGAAAAACUUUUUGUUUUUCAACAAUGUCAUAUAAAUACUUUGAAUGACGUCCACCAAAGCCUUAUUUUUUUGCAAUGGCUAAUAAUUGUAGGAUUUCUAACAUGUGAUGGGACGUGCUGUAAGUGAACGAGGGAAACUAAGGGGGUUUUUGAAAGAAAUAAAAUAAAUGGAAAUUAA